GUGAACACACAGCGGAUGUUAAAGCAUGGAGCGUUCUAUGCGCAGUAAUUGAUUGGUUAUUAGUUUUACAGAGUCGUGUGUGUGUAUAUAUAUUUACAUUACUUAAUCAGUGUUCGUUUGAAACAGGAAUUGACAUGGCGUGUCAGAGAGUGUGUCAAAUGGUGCAGCGCCGUUUGGUGUCCAGUGCGGCAGCUGAGCGUCUUUCUGCGUCUGAAUUGCGCAGUUGGCGUAGUACCUUGUUCUCCAAAGAGCAAGCUCGCCAGCGCUCACUGUAUCCCCGCGUUGAGAAAAUCGAGGUGACCAUGGAUGCCCCGGGGCUACAGGGAACACUUCUGGUGAUGAACAAGGGCAUGUCCACGCCAUAUAGCUGCGCAAGACAUUUGACAGAAUGGCACGUAACGAGUGCAGCUCUCGCCCUGGUGGACGGAGAGCCAUGGCACAUGCAUCGUCCGCUCACUCGCUCCUGCUCGCUCACACUGCUCACAUUCAAAGAUGCCAAUCCUCAGCUCGUUAACCAGGCGUAUUGGCGCUCCUGUGCAGCCUUGUUGGGCCAAGUGCUUGACGACGCCUUUAAGGAGGAGUACAGUGUGGACCUGCUGAAGAUUCCUGAAGUUCCUGUGACUGCUGGUGCUUUCUGCUGUGACGUGGUCCUGGAUCCUCGGUUGGAUUCCUGGACUCCAUCAGAGGAGAACCUGCGCUCAUUAACUUGUGAAGCUCAGCAGCUCAUGCUUAAAGAUUUACCCUGGGAGCCCCUGGAGGUGACGCCCCCUGUAGCAUUGGAGAUCUUCUCUCAUAGCAGGUAUAAACAAGAGGAGGUGGAAGAAAUGGCUGCUAAUUGCCCCAGUGGCACAGUGUCACUAUACAGGUGUGGGGAGCAUGUGACACUAUCAGAGGGCCCCCUGGUGGCCAGAACAGGUCUGUGCUAUCAGUAUGAAGUAACAUCACUGCAUACGCUUGGAGAAGGACGCUGGGGUUUACAGCGCCGAGCCCAGGGCCUCUCACUUCCCCUGAACCUCACGGUUCACCACGCAGUGUGGAGGAAGCUGAGGAAGAGAGCUGAGAAAUUGGUGGAGAUUCCCUCAUCUGCAGCCAUUAGACCUGUGACCACACCCCCUUCUCCCAAAACCACUCCCUCAUCUUCCCAACACUGACCUGCAACUAAUCAUGCGCAUAUAAAAUUCCUGUUUCAUCUUUGUGUAGUAUUGUUAUUGAAUAAACUACACAUGGCA